GCUCUGCCUCUAGAAAGCCUCGGGACGAUUGUGGCAGAUGGUUACGGAGCGUCCGGGUCUGCGCGCCGCUCAGGGAGCUGCUAUACCUUCAGAGAUUUCAACAUUUUUCCAAGACCAGCAAAAUAUGAAGAAAUCUUAUGAAUCCUUAUCAUUUGAGGAUGUGACUUUGGACUUCACCCAGGAGGAGUGGCAGCAGCUGGACCCUGCUCAGAGGACACUGUACAGGGAUGUGAUGCUGGAGAACUAUAGUCACCUCGUCUCAGUGGGAGCCGUAAAGCCCAUGAGCCUAGCGCAAUUCCCAUGUCAUUUCCCAUUCACAGGGUAUUGCAUCCCUAAACCAGAACUGAUCUUCAGGUUGGAACAAGGAGAGCAACCAUGGGUAUUAGAGGAAGAGUCCCCAAGCCAGAGCUCCCCAGAAGUCUGCAAAGUUGAUAAUCAGCUAGAGCAGAAUCAGGAAAUCCAGGACAGACAUUUCGGGCAAGCUCCGUUUAUCAACAACAAAACACUGACUAUAGAGAGAGGUAAUGUAUUAGGAAAAAUGUUUAAUUUCAGCACAUACCCAGUUUCUUCUGUAAAAAUACCUUGUAAAUGUGACACAAGUGGUAUGAGUUUGAAAUAUAUUUCAGAAUUAAUUAUUGAGAAAAACUAUUUAAGAAAGAAGUCUGAUGAUCUCAGCGCAUAUGGAAAAUUAUUCCUUCAUAUUAACCAUGAAAAAACUCAUGUGGGAGAGAUACCUUAUGAAUUCAUUCAAAAUGGAAAGUACCUCAGUCAUAAUGAAGACUUCAUGCCAUAUGAGAAAAUUAAAAAUGUAGAGCAUUCUUUUGACUACAAAGAACGUGGGAAAGAUUUCUGUGAGAAGACACUUUUCAUCACAUAUAAACAAGCUCACAAGGGACAGAGUCCUUGUGAACAUAGGGAAUGUGAUAAAACAUUCUGUAAUUAUUCAACCCCCCAAAAAAGAGAAAGUCUUUAUGAGUUUAAUGAAUAUGGUAAAGCCUCUGAGAAAUUAUCUCUCUUGAAACAUAGAGUUCAUUUGAAGGUGAAAGAUUAUGAACAUAUUGAAAAAGUGGAUAAUUUCAGCAGAUCAGACUUUCCUGACACAGGAGAGAGAACAUUUGAAUCUAACCUGAGGGAACCUUUCUGGGAGAAGUCAGUUCUUAAUGUAACUCAGAGAACAGGCAUAGGAGACAAUGUCUAUGAAUGUAAUGAACGUGAAAAAGCAUUCUGUGAAAAAUCAAAACUCACCAAACAUCAGAGACUAUAUACAGGAGAGAAACCCUAUGAAUGUAACGAAUGUGGGAAAUGCUUCUCUAGGAAGUCACUUCUCACUUUACAUCAGAGAAUCCACACUGGAGAGAAGCCCUAUAAAUGUAAUGAAUGUGGGAAAUCCUUCUCUAGGAAUUCACACCUCACAAUUCAUCAGAGAACUCACACAGGAGAGAAACCCUAUGAAUGUAAGGAAUGUAGAAAAAGCUUCUACCAUAAGUCAUAUCUCACAGUACACCAGAGAAUUCACACAGGGGAGAAACCCUAUGAAUGUAAUCAAUGUGGGAAAACCUUCAUAAGCAACUCAGUUCUCACAGUACAUCAGAAAACACACACAGGUGAGAAACCCUAUGAGUGUAGUCAAUGUGGGAAAUUUUUCUCCAGGAAUUCAUACCUUACAGUACAUCAGAGAACUCACUCAGGUGAGAAACCAUAUGAAUGUAAGGUAUGUGGGAAAACCUUCUGUCAUAAGUCAGAUGUCACUAAACACCAGAAAACUCACAUAGGGAGGAAACCCUACAAAUGUAAUGAGUGCGAGAAAACCUUCAGUCGCAAUUCAGGCCUAAAAGUACACCAGAGAACACACACAAAGGAGAAACCCUAUGAAUGUAAUGAGUGUGGGAAAUCAUUCUCUGAGAAAUCAGUCCUCACGGUACAUCAGAGAAUACACACAGGGGAAAAACCUUAUAAGUGUAAUGAAUGUGGAAAAACCUUUUACAAUAAGUCAGAUCUCACUAAACACCAGAGAACUCACACAGGUGAGAAACCCUAUGAAUGUAAGGAAUGUGGGAAAUUCUUCUCUAGAAAUUCAUACCUUACAGUACACCAGAGAGCUCACACAGGGGAAAAACCCUAUGUGUGUAAAAAAUGUGGGAAAACCUUCUACUAUAAGUCAGACUAUACAGUACAUAAGAGAACACACAGAGGGGAGAAGUCUUCUCACUGUGAUCAGUGUGGGAAAACCUUCACUUGCAAUUCAGUCCUCAGAUCACAUCAGAGAACUCACACAGGGGAGAAGCCCUAUGAAUGUAAGGAGUGUGGGAAAUCUUUCUCUGAGAAAUCAGUCCUCACUGUACAUCAGAGGAUACACACAGGGGAAAAACCUUAUAAGUGUAAUGAAUGUGGGAAGCCCUUCUAUCAUAAGUCAGAUCUCACUAAACAUCAGAGGACACACACAGGGGAGAAACCCUAUGAAUGCAGUCAUUGUGGGAAAACCUUCAGUUGCAACUCAGGUCUCAAAGUACAUCAGAGAAGACACAUAAGGUAGAAACCCUAUGAAUGUAUUGAGUGUGUGAAAACCUCUAAGAAAUCAGUUCUCACAGUACAUUCAAAAUUACAUACAGGGGAAAAAAUCUUUUAAAUUUAGCAAUGAGAGAAAUCUUAGUAUCUAGCAUUUCAUACCUUGAAAUACUAUGGAGAAUUCACACAGAACAUGACCCCUAUGAAUGUCAAGUGGCAAAUUUUUUUACCCUAAGUCAUAUUCCAAAGUAAAUGAAAGAGUAACCACAGGGGAAAUUACUAUGAAUGUAAUGAAUAUCUAUUAAUAAGACAACUAAAAAAUGAAUACAUGAAGAAACCCUACUAAUGUAUAUGGGAAAUGGGGGGAAAUAUUAUAAGUUAGGGCUUGUUAAACAAAUAACUUACGUAGGAGAUAAUCCUGUGAAUCAAAUGUAUGUAGGAAAAUGUUCUUCCAGAACUUGGCCAUUACUAACAGUCAGAUAAACUACACCUGGGGAGAACUGUCAACAUCUUGUAUUUUUUUGAAAACUUCAUACACAAGUUGUACUUGCUGUAUGUCAGGGAAAUAAUAGGGAAGAGACCUGAAGAAUACAGCAAAUAUAGUUGAGCCUAUUUCAAGAAAUGCCAUUUUACUGAACAAGGCGAUGUAGAGAUGAAGUCUUAAAGAUGUUUUGAAUGUGAAGGCUUUAACAGAAUUCAGACUUUAUUAUAUCUGAAGAUUGUUUUGAAGGAAGUCUGUCAACUUAGGAAGUAUGGACAGAAAUUUUCCUUUAGAUAUGAUGUUAUUCUAAAAGUUAUAUUUUGCACUUAUUUCAAAUUUUUUAGUAGAAAUAAAACUGAAAAUAGACAUUUAUAAAAAUAUUAACGGGAAUAUGAAGCUUUUUUAAAAGCACAAAUAAAUUGAAUAAUCUCAGUCUCUGAUUCUACUUUUGGAGAAACACGUAUCAGCCCAUGGCCUUCCACAUCAUGAGCCAUCACAUGUUUUUGAUGAGUCUGCACCCCAACUGUGCUGUUACCCAUGCAAAUACAGUUGGUCCUUCAUGUCUGUGUUUUCCUAUCUGCGGUUCUGUGGUUGGUUGACUCCACAUAUGCAGAACCCAAGAGUAUGGAGGGCCUACUGUAAAGAACUUGAGCAUCAGCUGAUUUUGAUAUUUGAAGAGGUGUCCAGGAACUAGUCCCCAGCAGAUACUGAGGGAUGACUGUACUGCCUAAUUGUCCGGUUCAUCCAGGGGCCUACCUCUAGGGGAUCUCAGAAUGGACUAGAUCCCCAGAACAAUUGCCAGGAUCAGCCAGGGGCAGCAUUGAGACUGCUUCUGCUUCCUCUUCUUAGGUUCAGUAACCGGAAACAUUGAGUGUGAAUGAAGCUAGAGUACUGGCUAGAAUACUCUAGGACAUAAGACCUCAGUGCUCCCAUUUAAAUUUACAGGAAGCUUUUCAUAGCCCAUUCUAUAUCCUAUAGCUGUUACCACCUUCCACAGUAUUCUAAAUUUGGUUAAUACUGAUCCCACAUGUCUCAUUACUUUUACAAUAAUACACAUAUAUUAUUGCGUUUAUGUGUGUGAUAUAACAUUGUUUUACAGGUAUAUCACUGGGAACGUGUUCUGCAACUUUUGUCUUCAAAUGCAUGGUUUUGGUAUUUAUACAUGUUGAUAUAUUUUGCUUUAGUUGACUCAUUUUAAUAAAAUGUAAUAUAUGGGG